AGGAGCAUGGUAAUGGACAGCAGAAAUACUGAAUCAAAAUGUGCAUUGAAAUUUUCUGAUAAUGGAAUGAAUAUUAAUGGUCCAUUUGUUCACUAGGCAAAUGCAAAUGUAGCAGAAAACUAUUUGUGAUGCAGCUAGUGGGAUUAAGUUUUAUUAAUAUAAACAUUAACAGCUAAUGUAUAAAGUGUGAUUGCAACAUUAACUACCAAGUGUUGGUGAAAGAAGUGCCGAUAAUGUCGUGGCUUGGAGUUAACUUGAAUGAGAGCCUCCGUAACAUUGGUGGCCAGAUCAGCCACCUCACUCGGGAGGUGUUGGCGGAUGACCUGGAGGAUGAAGACGGUGGCAGAGACGUGGUCAUCUCGCAGCGCAAGCUCAACGAACUCAACUCGGUGGCAGAGAUGCGGCAGCAGGAGAUUGCUGCAUUGCGGCGAGAGAUGCAGCAGCUGCAGGAAAGGCUGCAGGCUGCAGACGUCGCUGCUGCUCAUGCUGGUGCUGCACGUCUGCAGCAGAUCACUGCCCUGCAGGAGGAGGUGGAGGCGCUGAGGGAGCAGCAGGGGCAGCAGUUAACUGCCGUGACUGUAACAGCUGUAUUUUCUUUGCAGGAACACACGCAGCAGAUGCAGGAAGUGCAGCUGCAGCUGUCAGAUGCCGCGGCGCAGCUGUUGGACGCCGACACCUGCGCGCCUCACGCACCUGUGCAGCAGCUGCAAUGCAGCAGGUGCGGCCACUUGGAGCAGCAGCUGCAGCAACAGCUGCUGCAGCUGGACGAGGAGCAUCAGCUGAAUUUAGACGCUGUGUUGACGCAGAAAAAAGCCCUCGUUGAAAAAGUUGAUAUCCUGGAGACUCGCAACUUUCAAGUUGAAAACGAGUUGAAGGAAAUGCAGUUGAAAAAUGCUGAACUUGAAGCUAAAGUUGCUGUGAAAGUUCAAGUUGAAGCUGAACUUGAAAACUUGAAAGAUUCUAACUCCGACCUGAAGAUUCAAGUUGAAAAGUUACAGAAAUUGAAUGAAGAAAUUCAAGCCAACUUCAACACCCAAGUUGAAACUCGCAACAUUCAACUCACCGAGUUGAAGUCUCGCGUUGAAGAGCUAAACAAGUUGAAUUCUAACCUGGAAUCUCAACUUGAAUUCGAGCAAGUUGGGAAAGAUUCAACCGUUGAAAAGUUGAAUCUUUCGAUAUCAAACUUAAAAGUUCAACUCGAACAACAAGAAGCCCAAACCUCGCAACUUCAACACAAGUUAAACGAAGUUGAAUCUGAAAAAACCCAAGUUGAAACUUUAUAUAAAACUCAACUUGAGCAAAAAUCUCAACUCGAGGCUGAAAAAGUUGAAGUUGAAGCAGCGUUGGAGUUGCAGGUGCAGCUGGCAGGUGCCGAGAAGAAGCAGCUGCAGGAGGCGGUGCACCUGCUGCAGGAGGAGAUCAUCCAGACAGAUGCACUGCGUGCCCAGGAAAUGCAGCGGACGGACACGGCGCUGCUGACGAAGGACCGCGAGAUCACGGCGCUGCUCGACAAGAUCGCCGGGCUGGAGGCCGACCUCGACCGGCUGGGGGAGGCCGUCAGGACGGCUGACGUCGACAUCCACACCAUCACUAAAGUCGCCAUCUCUAAUAAGAUUCCCCUCGAAAAAGAAAUUUCCAAGCUUAAAACAGAAAACGGCGAGCUCACGCAACGUAUACAAGGGUUAUCCCUCGAAAACGAGCGGUUGGAGAAAGAAAACGGUGAAUUAAAGAAAGAAAACGGCGAUUUGUACAUAGAAAACGAGCGGGUGACGAAAGAAAACAAGCGUGUGAAGAAAGAAAACGGCGAUUUGAAGAAAGAAAACGGUGAUUUGAAAAGAGAAAACGGCGAUGUUAGAAGAGGAAGCGACGAAAAUGUUAAGGAAAAGUCGCCAUUUAUGGAAAACAAUAAGAAAAUGUUCAACACUAAGCAAAAUUCAAGCGAAAACACGGAAGAAAGCAAGGAUUCCGCGUACGACAGCGUCGACUCACCGGACAAAUCAGAGCCAAUUUCAGGGGAUACCACAACAAAUGUUGACGGGGGCGACACAGCCUUCACUAAAGACGCCGCCCGUCUAGACGACAGUUCUGGGGACGGGGCCCUGUCUGAAGCUCUGUCUAGAGACGACGGGGCUCUGUCUAGAGAUGACGGGGCCCUGUCUGAAUCUCUGUCUAGAGAUGACGUGGCUCUGUCUGAGGCCCUGUCUAGGGAGAGGGCCAAGUCAGACAGGAUGCAGCAGCAGCUGUGGCAGAAGGAGGGGGAGGUGCAGCAGCUGAAGGAGGCGCUGCAGCAGCGCAUGCUGGACGCCGGCGAGGGCUGGGGCAGUACAUCUGCAACUGAGCAGCUGCAGAUGCAGCGAUACGUGCAGCAGCUGCAGCUACAGCUGCGCGACACCACACGGCUGCUGCAGGCGUCACAUCUGCAGCAGGGGGAGCUGGAGCUACAGCUGGAGGAGCUACAGCAGCAGUUGGGGGGCGGCGGGGGGCGGACCUCUCCUGACGGCGCCUUGCCUUCCCCUGCUGGCAGGCUGCUGCCCACCAUCGCUGAGGAGGACGAUGCUGAUAACAGACAUGGCGAUAACAGCGAGAACAGACAUGGCGAUAACAGCGAGAACAGCUCUGGUAAAAACAACAGCAAUUACAACAGCCGCAGCGAUAACAGUGCAAACAGCCGCAGCGAUAACAGUGCAAACAGCAGCAGCGAUAACAGUGCAAACAGCAACAGCGAUAACAACUGUGGUAAAAACAACAACAGUAAUUACAACAGUUGUGGCGAUAACAGCGCCAACAGCAGCAGCGAUAACAGCAGAAAAGUUGUUUUGCAAAAUUCAUCUGAAAUUCAAACGGAAUUCGGGGAAACUGAAAUAAAAAAUUCAGCGCAACUUUCCCUAAUUAAACGUGACGAAGAAAGUGCCUUGACCGGUGAAAGUGGCGUUAGGAAAGUGGAGGGAAAGGAAAGGAAAGUUGAAGAAGAAAAGGAGGAGUUACGUCGCUCCAUGGAGGUAUUGAACCUGGAGAAACAGUCGCUAGAAAUGCAACUGAUAUACAAAAAAGAUCAGUUUGACGAACUGCGGGAUGAACUGGUCCAACUGGGCCAGUUGUUCCAGGUGGAAACUAUCCACAGGUGCUUCAAGGAUAUUUGUGAUGAUAUACGUAAUAAAGUUUCCCAACUGGAGCCUAAAAUGCAACUGGAAAAGAGCCAGAGUUCACAACUGAUGCACGAAAAUGCAAUUGAAGACGAAAAACUGACGAAAACAACUGCUGGUGCCGGGACAACUGAUGGAAAACUAUUAGAAGAUAUAAAUAAUUCUAUUACAACUGAUAAUGAGUUAGGUAUAACAGGCUCUACGGUUCCAACUGAUGGAGACCAGUUAGAAGGAACAGUUGUUUCGGCUAGAAUUAGCGAACUGAUGCGUGAAUUAAAAGCAACUGAAGAUCAGGUGUCCCAACUGACAACUGAUAAGAAGUAUUUAGCAGAUCAGUUGGAAGCUGCAGAAGCGAGAAUCGCUGCUACGUAUUUUGCUGCAACUGAAGCAACUGAAAUGCAACUGAAACAGGAAUUGCAGCUGCAGCUGAAAGCAACUGAGCAAGAGAAAGAACAACUGAUCAAAGUUAAUGAAGAAAACGCAAAGAAACUGGAGGCCAUGAAACUGGAGACCGCGAAACUGGCUCAAGAUAACUGCCAACUGAUGGAAAAACUGAGGAGUGAAACUGAUAAGAUAGUGGCAGCUGAAACCAGUUGGAAAGAAACUGUUGAGGGACUGAAACUGCAACUGAACGAAACUGAAAAGCAACGGAACGAAACUGAAAAGCAACUGAAAGAAACUGAAGAACAACUGAAACACGUGACUGCCCAACUGCAAGCAACUGAGCAACAAAAACUUGAAACUGGACCCCAACUGAUGAAACUGUCCAGUGAAACGCACGAACUUUCCCAACUGAAACUUCAGUUGGAAGAAGAAAUUCAGAAAGUUACGGCAGAGAAAGUUAGUCUGCAGGAGGAGCUGCAGAAAGUUACGGCAGAGAAAGUUAGUCUGCAGGAGGAGCUGCAGAAAGUUACGGCAGAGAAAGUUAGUCUGCAGGAGGAGCUGCAGAAAGUUACGGCAGAGAAAGUUAGUCUGCAGGAGGAGCUGCAGAAAGUUACGGCAGAGAAAGUUGGUCUGCAGGAAGAGCUGCAGAAAGUUACGGCAGAGAAAGUUAGUCUGCAGGAGGAGCGUCUGCAGAUUGUGUCUGCUCUGCAGCAGAAGCACGCAGAGAGUCUGGCUUAUCAUGCAGAGCUGCAGCGUCUGCUGCAGGUGUCAGCCAAAGCCCAAGCUGACGAGACAGAAAAAAGCCAGUUGGCUGACCAAAUCGGGAAACUGGCUGAAGAGAAAAGCCAGUUGACAGACCAAAUCGGAAAACUGGCUGAUGAAAAAAGCCAGCUGACAGACCAAAUCGGGAAACUGGCUGAUGAAAAAACACAACUGGCUGACCAAAUGGCGGAACUGGCUGACGAUAACCGGCGAAUGGCAGACCAAGUUAAAAAACUGGCUGAAGACAAAAGCCAACUGGCUGAAAAACUGGCGCAAACUGAAUUGGAAAAAAGCCAGCUGGCUGAGCAGCAAAGCCACACCGGGGUCAACGAGGACAAAAUCGAGCAGCUGGUGCUGGCCAACAGCCAGUUCAAUGAGCAGUACCAGGAGAUGACUAGUGAGGUUGCAGCUGUACGCGCCAGAGACGCCAAGUCAGCUCAGGAGCUGCAGCGGUUAAAGCUGCACCUGCUGCAGCUGCAGGAGCAGCACGACGAGCAGCAGCUGCAGGCGCAGCAGCAGAUACAGCUGCUUACAGCUGCCAACACGCAGCUGCAGGAGAAGCUGCAGGCACAUUCGCAGCUGUUCAGCGCUACCAGUGAGCGCACCAGCAGCACCGUGGAGCAGCUGCAGCAGGAGGUGCAGCGGCUACAGCUGCAGAGAGAGGAGCUCAACAUACGGCUGCAGCAGCUGGACGAGGAGAAAACAGCUGCAGCUACAGCUGCUUCCACUCUGCAGCAGGUGCUGCAGGAGCUGCAGCUGCAGCAAACAGCUGCAACAGCUGAGGCUGUAGAAAGAGAGAGACGACAGCUGCGGCGAGAGAGAGAGAACAACGCAGCUCUUACCAGCCGUAUGGGGGAGCUCCAGGUGCAGGUGGAGCAGGUGCAGCAGCUGCAGGCGCAGCUGCGGGCUGCAGAUGCUAAGGUACAACAACAGCAGCAACAGAUGCAGCAGCUGCAAGCACAAGCUGGACGGCACCUGGAGCAGCUGCAGCACAGCAGACGGCAGCUGGCAGAACUCAAGUCUGGGGCAGACACGCGCAUAGACAAGUGAGUAGACUAGUGACUAGUGA